UAUUGAUUUGUCAGAUCAGCACUGCGGCUGACCUGAAAUCCCUCGGUACGCUUAUUACUGGACUUGCUUCAGAGCUCCUCGAUAAAAUCGAAGGUCUUGAUCUGCUCAGCCUCUCCACAAGCGUUGAUUUUAUUACCAACAUGCUGUUAGCCCCCAAGAUCAUCCAGCUGACCCUCAUCAAUAAGAUAAUUUCUGUGACCAAAGAUCCAACAAAGCUGCUCCUGAAUGUCCCUGAUUUCGCUGCCUUUGAGAUUCCACCUUCCCUGCUGGCAUUUCCCGAGGGGCUUGUGGACAUGAAAGUCAUCAAUGCAAAGAGAUGGACGCUAGAUCAGGCUGUCUUAAUUUUUAAGAAUUUGGCUGCAUCAACAUUUGAAAUUGAGCUGCUUUCUUCAUUUGUGCUGCAAGGCUUUACAUGUACAUCGGUGCAGAAAAUGACACCAGACAAGAUAACGCGGUUGAUCCGUGCUGUUAGGCCAGGACUAGCCUUUUCUAAGGUGUUGCUGAAAGAAUCACAGCUGACCUGCAUGUACAACCUGGUCCGCAACUCCCUAACUCAGAACUUUGUAGAUUAUCCUUCAGACAUGCUUCUCUUCUUUAACACCCAAAACAUCCAGAAGGAGAAUUGCAGGUCAUAUUUUUCUGCCCUGGGAGCUGCAGACUUUUCUGUGGCCUCCAGCAUUUUGAGCAAAGGUCCACUGCUGUUCGCUGAAGCCCUAACCUGUCUGGGUGUAACCCGCUCAGGCCUGAGCAAAAAUGUUGUGGAGGUUUUGGGGAACAUGGUCUGUACUCUGGACAGAUCAUACAUAGAGAACUCAGAUCCUCACAUUCUGGAAAAACUUAAAGCCUGCAAAGACCUUUCUGACAGCCAAGUGGUCGCUAUCGAGAAGCUGCUGCUAUCUGAGAACACAGUAUACGGACCCAUCACAUCCUGGAAUGAGCGAACUCUGGAAAACCUCGGGUUGCUUCCUCUACACUUAACCAGAAACAUCUGGGGCCAGUUUCAAACUAAAUCCAAGAGAAUCUUUCUCAAGACCUUCAUGCCCAACUUGAGAAAAUUAAAAACACAGAAGAUUAAGCUCAAGAACCUGUUUAGACAGAUCAUCCCCAUGGCGGCUAAAAGAGCAGCAGGAUGCACUGAAGGCAUCAUCACCCAGGUGAUAAUCAGUGACCCUGCCUUCCCCUUUGGCUACGAUGAAACACAGUUUGACCUCUGCUUGGACAGUCCUGUUCUGAAAGAUAACCUCAAUGCUAUCUGCGAGAAAGUGGACGAUGAGGGAUUCCAGAAGAUCAUUCUGAAGAAGCUCAGCCUGGUAUAUCCAUCAGAGGUUCCUGAGCAGGUCGUCCAGGUGCUUGGUUCAGUGUCUCGUGUUGCAACACUGGAGGACAUCUUUAAGUGGCGCAUCUCCAAAGUUGACACCCUGUCAGCUCUUUUGAGAACUGAAGAUGGAAGCUGGGAGAAAGCAAAGAGCAAAGAAAUCAUUGAAAAAUAUCUGAAGACUUCGGAGAAAACUCUGGGCCCAUUUGAGCUAACAAUUAUUGGCUCCAACCUGUGCUCGUUAGAUACCAGCACACUGAAGAACAUAAGUCCAAUUAGUAUCCAAAACGCCCAACUUCUAAAUGUGGCAUCAUGUUCACUUGAGCAGAAGAAGGUGCUGUACAAUAUCAGUUCUACUGCCUUCCUUAUAUAUCGGGCCAGUUUCGUUGACUAUUACAACUUGAUGAAGUCCUAUCUGGGUGGAGCCCCCCUGCAUGAUGUGGUAAUAUUGUCAGUACAGAACAUCAACAUGGAUGUAGAUGUGUUCAGGAGUCUGCAACUUGAUGUGAUCAAGAAUUUGACGGUGAAAAACGUGCAAGGUCUCAUGGGUGACCAGCUCCGCGAUCUGAAGUUGUUUGAGAAUGACAUGGUGGUUCGGACCUGGGUGAAUCUGCAGCUGCAGUCUGACCUGGACACUCUGGGGAUUGGGUUGAUUAGUAACAGGACCAACCCGACCACUAUACCUCCAAUACAGGCUACAAGCGGUGCGACAGAGUUUCCAAAGCCGUCCGCAUUUCUGGCUGCUCUGCUGACAGCUGUGCUACAAAUACUGCAGCGACGGGCCUAAACUAAUCCCUCAACACCUGCUGGUUUACGUUUUCAGCCAUAGAUCUUUACUGUAGGCCAUCUGUAUUUCUGAUGUGACCAAUUUUAUUUCUAUUUUCCUUGUAGUUAAACUAUAAAUGUAAUUUUGAACUGCUGCUUAAUAACAGAUAUGUUUAAUAGGAUGGGAUCUGGGAUAAUAAAUGCUGCUUUGGGCGAAGGCAAACUAUUUUUUAGACAGAAAUAACACUAGAAAAAUUUCUGUUGUACUGUCUGGUUUAAUUUGAAGUGUAAUGCCAAAUUACAAAUAUAUUACUAUGGAAGUUGAGAGUGGCCAAAACUAUUCGCUAUAAAUGUUUAUGAUAUGUUUGUCUUGUAUUUCUUUCUUUUUCUUGAACAAAUGACAAAACUUUUAAUCUCAUGAUAGCAGAAUCAUUUCUCUUAGUUUUCUAAUAAUUGUAAACAAAUUAUGGUAAAAGGCUUACAUUUUGAGCUCAUAUGAUGAUGGUUAUGUUUUAUAUCAGUGCUUAUUGUCUCAUGUUAGCUUAAAUCCUUAAUUAUCACCCAGUUUUGAACUGGUGAUCCUUGCCUGUGGUUCUACAGAGCUUUGUGUUGCUACACAUACAGAUAGGAAUGCUGCAUUCAAUGACCUUUCAUAAACUGUUUAACUCCUAUUAAACAGGCUCUAAAACUUCA